AUGUCAAGUCUCUUUUUUCUCCUACUGGCAACAGCUGUUUUCACCAGUGCUGCUGAAACGCCAUCUAGCUCUUUUAUUUUGACGAGAACUUCUGUUGAAACGAGUAUUCGAUGCAGAACUCACAGCACCAGCGCAACCGCAGCUCCUACUCCGCUCCCAACGAACAACUUCACCAAAACCUUUACUCGAAAGGAGACCACCACCAUCACCACGCCCAGCACCGUCCUUGUUACUGGCACAGCAACAACUUACACUCCUACCAGCAUUAGCUAUAUAUACAGCACUGUGUCCAGCUCUCUAGACACCCAAACGUCAGUUACGUUCAUCUAUGAUACUAUUACCGUGGGCACCUUGACCACUAGAGAAACCGUCUGCACAAUCGGUGCCUCGGCCUCGAUCACCAGUACGGUGUAUACGGGUACCUACGUACCGCCUGGUGGGCCUACCCGAACCCCUAAGCGGUUCCCAGACUACGUCAAUUGCACCACCGAUCGUACCACACAUCUUAUGGCAUUCCCUACAGUCACCUCGGGCGUUGUAACAUUCACCUAUAACCCAGGUACUCCGGUUCCUGCGGUAAUCAUCACCUCUACUCGAUCAGUGCUGGCCUUCAACACGCCUUCCACCGUUACCGUCACCUCCGUGGGAACAUCCUAUGUUGCAGACCGAACAACCAUCGUCGUAUCCACAUCCUGUCCCGCAGCGGUAACCACCACCUAUGCCGCCAAAUGCUCCGGCCCCAACCUCAUCAACCAAGUCAACGGCUACGGUAUUGCCGUUAUCACCUACGCGCCUGGCUCGGCAGCAGCCUACGGCGGUAACGGCCGCGAUGCAUCUGCUUGCUGCCAGUUGUGCCAAGAGAAUGUAGGCUGUGCCGCGUUUGAUGAUUUUCCUGCCGCGGCAAAUUGUGCGCUGCAUUUCACCAAUUCGACGUCAAACGGAGAGGGCCAGUGUGGAUUGGCGUUUUCGUACGGAGAUGCUAUUGGGCAGAGUAGUAAUGCACCGAUUGAGAUAGGGCAGGGGAGCAUUGUCGGUACGGGAUGUGGAAGCAUUGAGCCGGUGGCUGAUGGUGGUGAUUGA